GUUAUGUUAUGUGGGAGAUGAAAGUGACAAUAAAGAGCGAAUCCGAGAUAGACACACAAACACAAAAAGCUAAUACUGAAGCUGAAUGGGUUUAUGCCGAUUCCCAGUCCUUAGCUGUUCGCAACUUGCUUUUCUUCAUUCUGCUUCUUCUUCUUCAUUCCUUGGACGUCCUAGAACUAUAUCUUUGUCCUUCCCAAAUUGCCCUCUUCAAUCUUCCAAUUUUGCAACCCCGCCACUCCUACUCAAAACCCGUUUUCUUACUUCCAACGCAAACACCCUCUCCGCUUCUUCUUCUCCUUCAUCAUCAUCAUCAUCAUCAUCAUCAUCCAUGGAAGCUCCUCCUGAAGGUUACAGGAGAAAUGUUGGAGUCUGUCUAAUCAACGAUUCUAAAAAGAUUUUUGCUGCGUCAAGGUUGGAUAUUCCCAGUGCUUGGCAAAUGCCACAGGGUGGGAUUGAUGAGGGAGAAGAUCCUAGAACUGCAGCCAUCAGGGAAUUAAGAGAAGAGACUGGAGUUAAUUCAGCAGAAAUUCUUGCAGAGGUGCCUUACUGGUUGACAUAUGACUUCCCACCAGCAGUCAGGGAAAAACUUAGACAUCAGUGGGGGUCAGACUGGAAAGGUCAGGCACAGAAAUGGUUCCUUCUUAAAUUCACUGGAAAGGAUGAAGAAAUCAAUCUUUUAGGCGAUGGGACAGAGAAAGCCGAGUUUGGUGACUGGUCAUGGAAGUCAGCGGAACAAGUUAUCGACCUUGCGGUUGAUUUUAAGAAGCCUGUUUACAAGGAAGUUCUUGCAGUUUUUGCUCCAUAUCUUCAGUAACUUUGGGAUGAAAUUUUGACCAAUAACCUUUAUUUAUCUUUGCAAUUUAGAUUCCACAAACUGAAUAAAAGCAAAAUAUUCCAGUGAGUCAUGUUAAUGAUGGAUUACCUUACUUCGUA